CGAUACUACCGAUAGAAAUGGAUACCAUGGCGAUGCUCGCCGCGCGCCCCAGCGCCGCUCCAGCCCAAGCCCCGCCGUCGCGCCGCCGAGCCGGUGCCCGUCCCCUCAUCGCCCUCCGCUCCCACUACCUCUCCUCACUCCAGCCAUCUCCAUUCCUAUCCCUCUCUUCUACGACUCCCUGCGGACCUCGCCGGACCCGGCGCAACAUCUUUCUCCCCCACCUCGUCGCCUCCAUGGUGAAUGUGGAGGAGACUUAUAUAAUGGUGAAGCCUGAUGGCGUUCAGCGUGGUUUGGUUGGUGAGAUUAUUUCGCGGUUUGAGAAAAAGGGUUUCUUGCUGAAAGGUUUGAAGAUGUUUCAGUGCCCUAAGGAACUAGCUGAGGAACACUACCGGGAUCUCAAGGAGAAAUCUUUCUUCCCAAAACUGAUAGACUAUAUAACUUCUGGUCCAGUUGUAUGCAUGGCUUGGGAAGGUGUUGGUGUGGUUGCAUCAGCUCGUAAGCUUAUAGGAGCAACAAAUCCUCUUCAGGCUGAGCCUGGCACUAUACGAGGUGAUUUGGCAGUUCAAACAGGAAGAAAUGUUGUCCAUGGAAGCGAUAGCCCUGAGAAUGGUGAACGAGAAAUUGCUCUCUGGUUCAACGAAGGCGAACUAUGCCAAUGGGUUCCUGCUGUAGCACCUUGGCUCAGGGAAUGAGCAAACAAAGCUUUGCUUCAAGAAUGUCGGGCAUUUGAUUACGAUUUUGUACCCUUAAAUCAAUGUAUUUCUUAUUUAUGAUUUUGGCCAUUGUCCAUCCACACAAUUUUGUGAGGUGAGGUCUGUGGAAGGUCAUUGAAUUGAUCUUCCAGUGUUUUUCUCAUCAAUGUAUCAAUUUGUGCGGCUUGAGUUGGAAAAUAUGAACCUACGAAUUUUCCAAUUGAAUUCAAACUUCUAUAAAUUUAAUGUCCUUGAGCUGUUA